CGCCGGGCUGCAUAAAUAUUCAUGGCAAAGGCGUGCUGGCCGCAUAGUCGGCGGGUUGACACCUUCCUGGCGGCGAGGAUCUAUAUGAUGCAGUGAAGGCAGUGGCGGGGAAGGACAAUACCAUCUCAGACGCAAAAGCGAUAUUCCAUUUUGGUUUGCGCGCCCACCACCACGUCGUCUACACUCCUUUACCCUGAAUUUGACGCCACCGCUCUCUUUCCUUAUCUACCAUCCCCUCUAGCUUAAUUCUCAUCAUAAGUGACGCUCUGGUUGACCCUCCCGCUAUGCCUGCGCCUCUGAGCACUCAGACGACUAACACCAAGGCCACCCCUCUUGCCGAGCCAAAGCCACAGCUUCCUUCACAGAAGAAACAGCAGCAGCCUCCUGCUACCCGACCACUCAAGGCUAAAAAAGAUGCCGCUCAACAGACCAAGGCAUCGUUUAAGCCUGCUCCUGCCUCGGAUAGCGAAAUACUGGCAGACUCGCCACCUUCAUUGAAGAAGGUCGCCCGUCACACCAGUAGGCCCACCAUCGUCAAUUGGUUCCAGCGCAAGCUCGCCGGCACCGUGCGUGCCAGGAGAGUGUCCGAGCCUGACAGCCUGCACCCUCCGAGGGUAGAUGCUUGCUCGCCCACCUUGAAUGAGAAGUCUCGCAGGACGUUCGAGCCAGUGCCUCCGGCAUUGGCGGCCAGAAGUAGGAGCAAUGCGGAUUCGAAGUAUGCGCGGGGACGCAGGUUCUAUAGCGCAACAACCGUGCCGAAUCGCAAGCCUCUUUCCUUCGAUGGCUGCCAUGGGCAAGACAACAACACGGACUCCAGCGCCGGCUCUGACUCAGGGCGCCGUUCCUCCGUGGCCCUAGAAUCGCUGUGGUCGCCCCAUAGCAACUACGAGGCAGACGAAGAUGCCUCUGUGCGGCCCUUGCCGCCAAGCUCUCCCCCCUCCCCUUCUCCAUCCCGCUCUUCUUCCUCUUACCGUUCCAAUCCUCACACGUUCCGCAGCAUGACGGCUAGCACGAAGCCCACGACCUUGCUCAGUAUCGACCUCAACGGGGGCAUGGCACACAUUGCGCAGGCUCCCCCCACGCCUACUACGCCCGCCUACCGCCUGCCACAUCACCUUCGGACGCAUUCCACCGGACCUGGAUCCGGUGGUAAUUCGAUCACGUUCUCAGCUUUACCUCCGUCUUCUUCAACUGCGACUUCGAGCCCCUCGUCAGGCAAUAAUACGAACGGAUCGCACCAAUCUUUCACUUUGCAGGCUCCACAGCACACUACGCAUCAUCCGCGAAAUAACCCUCGGCCAUCAUCACCUCCAGAAGAUGAUGCGUCCGUCCUGACGCUCGCGUCUUCCGCAUUCGCCAUGCCAGGCGCGCGGAUUGGCACGGGGCGCACGUCGCUUGGAGAUGAUUCGAACUCGCAUCUUAGCCAUGCCGUCGGUCAUGGCGACUCCACAAGUCACCUCCUACUGGGUGAGAUGGACGACGAGCGGGAGCUGGAGGGCGAACGGUAUCUGGACAGGGACGAUCAGGACGUAGACGCGAGCGUGCGCGCGCUCCGACCCCGUAGCUCGCGGCGAUGCAGUUGGGAGAGUGAGGAGAGCAAGUGGAGCGCUAGUGCAAGCCUCGCGCUCACUGGCACGACGGGGAUCACGGGCUUAACUUCUCAGUCGCCCAUGAGCCACGCAGGGCACCGGAGCAUGUGGACCACAGGGAGUUACAGGACGGGUGGGAGAAGCAUGGAGCACGGAGAGUUGAGCGUGGACGAGGAGUGCAGUGAUGAUAUCGACGGGAAUGGAGAGGAGACCGAAGGCGCAGAAGACGAAAGUAUGGCUGCGCACGAAGGCAAGCUAUCGGUAGACUUGUCUGCGAGUGCGUCCUCUAGUGUGGACCUCCCGUCUGCCGCCUACCAUCACAUGGAUCACGAUCUCGAAUCCGCGAGCAGUGCGGAUGACUCGUCAACCCCACCUGCGACCCCCGGCAGUGUGCUGGACGCGGACAGUGUGAGCAUGGAGUCGCCCUCGACCGAGUCACAGGAGCCUAGCAAGAGCGCGAUGGCGACACCGAAAGGUGGUCCUGUGCCGUUAGCGGAGCGAGAACCGAUGCCGCCUCUGUUCCUUCCAGAGAAGAUUAUUAGCACAGGAGAGCAUGAGAAACGGGAGGAGCAUGCGUACGAGUCGGAUGCACAUAGCAUUACGACAACGGCGGAUUACCAGACGGAGGCAUUCCAUACUCCGUCGACUACACCUAUUCCGCAGUAAUCGUAAUUUGAUCGCUGAGCAUCGACUUAAUGCGACUCUUCAUCCCGCUUACCGCUGCCGUCGUUACUCCACCGCUUCCCUUCCAUGUCACACUUCUGACCUGCCUUGCAGCAGUUUUUAUUCUUAUUUUGGUGCUGAGCUCCUAGUGCUCGCUCUUGCUGUACAUUGGAUAUGCAUCAUAGUUCUAGUAAUAUCGCUAGUUUCCUCGCCAUUCCCUGUCUCUUCUGUCCCCUCCUCCUCUGGAUAUUUGCAGCUUCUCGCUUCCUCAUCGUCUGUAGUGUUUAGUCUCAUUCUCAUCUACUGUGUAUGUCUUCCUCCUGUCUGCUGUUAUGCAUUCCUUGAUCGCGCCGCAGCGCUACUUUGACCUG